UCCGGGGAGAGCGGAUACAGGGAAUGCGGGGUCCGGGGAGAGCGGAUACAGGGAAUGCGGGGUCCGGGGAGAGCGGAUACAGGGAAUGCGGGGUCCGGGGAGAGCGGAUACAGGGAAUGCGGGGUCCGGGGAGAGCGGAUACAGGGAAUGCGGGGUCCGGGGAGCGGAUACAGGGAAUGCGGGGUCCGGGGAGAGCGGAUACAGGGAAUGCGGGGUCCGGGGAGAGCGGAUACAGUGAAUGCGGGGUCCGGGGGAGAGCGGAUACAGGGAAUGCGGGGUCCGGGGAGAGCGGAUACAGUGCGGGGUCCGGGGAGAGCGGAUACAGUGAAUGCGGGGUCCGGGGAGAGCGGAUACAGUGAAUGCGGGGUCCGGGGAGGGGAGAGCGGAUACAGUGAAUGCGGGGUCCGGGGGAGAGCGGAUACAGUGAAUGCGGGGUCCGGGGAGACCGGAUAUAGUGAAUGCGGGGUCCGGGGAGACCAGAUAUAGUGAAUGCAGGGUCCGGGGUUAACAGUUUUACUGCUGUGCAAUAUCACAAAAUAUAUAUAUA